CAACGAAACGUAUGCUUUCCUUCCAAGGGUUAGCGGAGUUGGCUCAUCGUGAGUAUCAGGCAGGAGACUUUGAAGCAGCAGAGAGACACUGCAUGCAGCUUUGGAGACAAGAGCCUGAUAAUACUGGCGUGCUUUUAUUGCUAUCCUCCAUUCACUUCCAGUGUCGCAGACUGGACAGGUCUGCUCACUUCAGCACUUUGGCUAUCAAACAAAAUCCGUUGCUGGCUGAAGCCUACUCGAACCUGGGCAAUGUGUACAAGGAACGUGGACAGCUGCAAGAAGCCAUUGAACAUUACAGACACGCACUGCGCCUCAAACCAGACUUCAUCGAUGGAUAUAUUAAUCUGGCUGCUGCACUGGUAGCUGCAGGUGAUAUGGAAGGAGCAGUACAGGCCUAUGUGUCUGCCCUUCAGUACAAUCCUGACUUGUACUGUGUUCGUAGUGACCUGGGGAACCUGCUCAAAGCCCUGGGUCGCUUGGAAGAAGCCAAGGCCUGUUACUUAAAAGCAAUUGAGACUCAACCAAACUUUGCAGUGGCUUGGAGUAAUCUUGGCUGUGUUUUCAAUGCCCAAGGAGAAAUCUGGCUUGCAAUUCAUCACUUUGAAAAGGCUGUAACACUUGACCCAAAUUUUUUGGAUGCUUACAUCAAUCUGGGGAAUGUCCUGAAGGAGGCAAGGAUAUUUGAUAGAGCUGUAGCAGCUUAUUUACGAGCUCUGAGUCUGAGUCCCAAUCACGCCGUCGUGCACGGCAACCUUGCCUGCGUGUACUACGAGCAAGGGUUGAUAGACCUGGCAAUAGACACGUACAGGAGGGCCAUUGAACUGCAGCCCCACUUCCCUGAUGCCUACUGCAACCUGGCCAAUGCCUUGAAGGAGAAAGGCAGUGUGGCCGAAGCAGAAGAGUGUUACAACACAGCUCUUCGACUCUGUCCCACACAUGCAGACUCUCUAAAUAACCUAGCAAACAUCAAGCGGGAGCAGGGGAACAUUGAAGAAGCUGUUCGCCUUUAUCGGAAAGCUCUUGAGGUGUUCCCAGAGUUUGCUGCUGCACAUUCAAAUUUAGCAAGUGUUCUUCAACAGCAAGGAAAGUUACAGGAAGCUCUGAUGCAUUAUAAAGAGGCUAUUAGAAUCAGUCCCACAUUUGCAGAUGCAUACUCCAAUAUGGGAAAUACUUUGAAGGAAAUGCAGGAUGUGCAAGGAGCUUUACAGUGUUACACCCGUGCCAUUCAGAUAAAUCCAGCUUUUGCCGAUGCCCACAGCAACCUGGCCUCAAUUCACAAGGAUUCAGGGAAUAUACCAGAAGCCAUUGCCUCUUACCGCACUGCUCUGAAACUGAAACCUGACUUCCCAGAUGCCUACUGCAACUUGGCCCACUGCUUACAGAUUGUCUGUGACUGGACAGACUAUGAUGAAAGAAUGAAGAAGCUGGUUAGCAUUGUAGCUGAUCAGCUGGAGAAAAACAGGCUGCCUUCUGUCCACCCUCAUCAUAGUAUGCUGUAUCCCCUUUCUCACAGUUUCAGGAAGGCCAUUGCUGAGAGACAUGGAAAUCUCUGCUUGGAUAAGAUUAAUGUCCUUCACAAGCCACCAUAUGAGCAUCCGAAGGAUUUGAAGGCCAGUGAAGGUCGCCUUCGUAUUGGCUACGUGAGCUCUGAUUUUGGAAACCAUCCAACCUCCCACCUAAUGCAGUCAAUCCCAGGAAUGCAUAACUCGGACAAAUUUGAGGUGUUCUGUUAUGCCCUGAGUCCUGAUGAUGGUACAAACUUCCGUGUAAAAGUGAUGGCUGAAGCAAAUCAUUUUGUUGAUUUAUCUCAGAUACCAUGUAAUGGAAAAGCAGCAGACCGCAUUCACCAGGAUGGAAUACACAUUCUCAUUAACAUGAAUGGAUACACAAAAGGAGCCCGCAAUGAGUUAUUUGCCUUGAGACCGGCACCUAUUCAGGUAACUAAGUUAGAGCUCUGUAUCUCUAAAAUACACUAGUUAUCAAGAGUCUCCAGUUUUUCUGCCGCUGGAAAAAUCUUUGAAGGCUCA